CAGCGACCCGCGCGCCACGGAAAAGAUCCGCCGAUGUUGCCGACAGCCGCAAGCACCACGGCGUCGUGUAUCACGGAGGACGAAAGGGUGUUUGUACCGCAGUCUGUCUAUGGAGGCUAUGACCCCAACCGGUACAGCGCGCAUGUGGCUAUUCCCCGACGACGCCGACGUCCCAACCCAUCGUCGUGUACCGCGUUCCUCACGCUGACGCCUCGAACAACGCUCCAACUGGUGUGGUUUCAAGUCCUCCAUGCCGCGUUUGUUACCGUGGCGUUCGUCGCCGCAUGGUUCAUCGCAGCUGUGUGUAUGUUGCUGGCUACCCUGUCGACGGUGUGCACUCCAUCGAUGCCGCCCUGGUUGUGCUGGACCAUCGUCCUCGUGGCCAACAUCGAUAUUCACCUAUACAACUCAAUUUCUCGACAAGGCGAGCACAUCUUUGUGACGUUGUCCACAGCCCGGGACUUUGGAGCUAUGGUCUUGUACUUUGCCUUUGUGAAGCCAUUUGUAGCCGUCGUGACCACUGGAGCUCCGCUCUAUGCCUUGGUCAUGUCCAUUCGCUGGACAGUCGCAUUGGCAAUCACGUCCUUUACGUCGUCAAGCGCCACGGUGGCCCAAUUCGCUCCAUCGACGUGCUGGCCAUUUCUCUACGUUGUCAUCCAAGUAGGCUGUGUGUACCUGACGAUGUGUUUAUGCCAAGCCUUGGCCAAGGGGACGUGCCAUGCCACCAGGUAUAUCUGCUGCGACCAUCUCGCCAUCUACGGGUACGUGUAUGGGAUGCCGAUACCCAUGGCGUGCCGAACGCCGUCCCACAUGAUGGGAGUGUUUGGGGCUGGCCGCAUUGUGUAGCUUCAUCCCACGACGUCCAAGUUCAGGCGCUCUCGUCACAAAGACCUUUAAACUCGACGAGCUCAUAGUAGCAUAGCGUGUGAUUUGAAUCAAACAACAUGCCAGCGAGGCCGGCUUCGCCAAGGACAA